AUGUCUGAUUUGACAUCGUUGACACCUUCACAAUUGAUCAACGACCCCACUUCACCAUAUUUCUUAACGCCCGCUGAUAACCGUGGUGGUGUACUCGUCCUCGAUCUUCUCACUGGAGAAAACUAUGCAGCCUGGAAACGCUCGAUGCGUAUGGCCCUUAAUGCCAAGAACAAACUCGUCUUUGUCGAUGGAACUCUAAAGCAACCAUCCAAAGCUCAAAUUGCCAACCUUUGGGAUCGUUGCAGUGAUAUGGUUCUCUCUUGGCUCUUAAAUUCCAUCGAUAGACACAUUAGACAAAGUUUGAUCUACUGCACCAAACCUUCUGAUGCAUGGACUGAUCUGGACAACCGAUUCUCUCAAAGCAAUCACCCCCGUCUCUACCGCCUCCAACGUGAUUUGGCUAACCUCAAACAAAAAGCCAUGUACGUCACCGCAUACUACAAUACAAUUAAAGGAAUCUAG